UAUUUAAGAAAACACAGUACUCUUCGUCACUUCGAUUCUGCGAUAUUCACUCUCUAGUAGUCUUCGCCAUUUCAAAAACAUCACUUCGCUAUUCCUCAAACUUCAAUUGACCAUGUUUUCUCUUAGUUGUUUUUGGGAUUGGAUUCAUCAGGUAAUCCACAUCAUUCUCUUCAAAUUCCUCUCAUGCUAUCACUACAGAACCACUUUCAUUUUCACUCCUUUUCAUGUUCCUACUACAACCACUGAUCAUCCCGUAAUCCCCGAUGAGAUCAUGACAGAUAUCCUGUUAAGACUGCCCAUUAAGACAUUGUCGAAAUUCAUGUGUGUGUCAAAAUCAUGGAAUCAGUUAAUUUAUAGUCCUUAUUUUGUCAACACCCAUAUGAAAUUAAACAGCCAUCAUAGGGUUCUAUUUCGAGGCAGGAACGGAGAUUUCAAGUUUUGUUCUCUCCUUCCCCUGUUUAACAGACAACAAACCGUUGAGGAACUAAUUGACGUGGAUUCUCCCACUUUAGAAGAAUUCAUUGUGGGUUCUGCCAAUGGACUUAUUUGUCUGGUCAAUCUCAAAUUCGAGGCAUAUAUAUGGAACCCCACCAUUAGCAAGUCUAAGAAAUUACUUAAAUCCACGUGGGGUUCUUUCAGUACCAAAUAUGGAUUUGGAUAUGAUGAGUUACAUGACGAUUACAAAGCUGUAUUUGUUGAUUAUUAUUUUCCUUCUUUCCAUAAUGUGGUAAAUAUAUACAGUUUGAGGACUGAUUCUUGGACAACACUCGAUGACCAGCUUCAGGGCAUCUAUUUAGUAAAUAAUUCGGGUAUAUUUGUCAAUGGGAAGCUUUAUUGGCUUUCUUCAUCUACUCUUACUUACUACAUUGUGUGCAGAAUCAUUUCUUUUGACUUGGCAGACGAGACAUGGGGAAGCAUGGAGCUUCCCAUUUAUGGAGAAGCCACUCAUCAUUUCAGACUGGGAGUUGUGGGAAGUGACCUUUCUUUGCUUCAUGCUUGUCAGUCAAAUAACGAAGACCUUUUGUUUUUCCUUCAUUCGGUUAUCAUGAUGUGCGAUGGUUUAAGCAGACAACUUGAGCAGCACAUUGAUGAUGUUGAGGGUUACAGUCCUCUAGAAGUUUAUGAAGAAAGCCUUAUUAAUCCCUUAACGAUAUCUGGCCAGGGACCUCGUAUCCGCGAAACCUCACAAUCACUUAGUUGAUGCUGGAAGUAGAAGCUGAUGUUGAAUGCUAAUCCGUACUUGCUGACUGCUUGGAUUGAAAUGAUGAAGCCUUGACAUUUCUGUUUUUUGAUACAUUGCUGAUCUUCCUUGCCUGCCAAAGUUGAACAAUGAUCUGUUUUACACUCUCCAUGGUAUCAGUUGUAUUUAGUGUUAAGACUUGUAACUCUUUAUCUUUUUACCAAUUUACAUUCCUCUGCUAUAAACCAGAAUCCUGAUAACAGUCGCAUUAUGAACUUGGUUUGGUGUAAACUUUCUUUUUUUGUGUAUAAUUAUAUAUUUGAAUGUCUCUAGAA